CGAUUUGUUCUCACGCAGGCCCCUAUUAUCCCUAAUCCUCAAAAGAUCCUUCGUUCCCUUCCUCGUCGCCGCCCGCCCCUGCUGCUCCGCUCGUCGCCGCGAGAUCCGCCCUUCCCCAUCCCACUGCGACUCUCUCGCGACGCUCGCCGCUGCCCCUUGUGCCACCGGCUACAGAAAUGCAGCCGAACGUCUGCGUCUCCGCCGCCCCACGAAGCAGAGGAAGGGAGUGGGGUGACCUACGGCGGGGCCGACGCCUCCUCAAGCGGUUCGCCGCCAUUGAUCUCCAUCCCUGCUUGAGCUGACGACUUCUUAUGUCGAUCGUUCUCGAGGUUGUCGUCAGCCCUGUCGUAGGCCACCCCCCUCCCUUCAUCUGCUUCAUUGGGCGGCGGAGGCGUAGGUACGGGUUGCCUUUUUUUGUCGGCAACGACACAAGGGGCAAUAGUGGGCGUCGCGAGGGAGAUGCAAAGGGAAGGCGCCAUCGCACGACAGGUAAGGGCUCGUGCACGCGGAGGUGAGGGCCGCGACAGGGAAGGGCGGACAUCACGACGAUGAGCGGGAGAGCAGGGACGGAGGCGACGGGCGGCGUCGGCGAGGAAGGGUAUUUUAGGGAUUACAGAAAAUAGGGCCGUAUAUGAAAGGUGAGGGGUGCAAAAAAGACCAAUUCCAUAUAUAUAUAUAUAUAUAUAUAUAUAUAUAUAUAUAUUAUUACUGCCCACCGGCAAUAUAAGUCAAUGGGCCAACGGGGCAUCCCAUCGCUCCCAUCUGCUGUAAGUUAUACGAGAGAUCGACAGGGAGUGAGAGGCCAUUCUGUUCCGUUCCCUUCUAUAGCAAAUCCUCUUCACUGAAUCAGACCAUAGACUCGGGAAGUGAAGGCAGAAGGAGAUGGGGUCUCAGCUGCGGUGGCCCGUGACGUGCUCAUGGCCAUCCCUUCGCCCUCUUCCCCGAACCCUCCCGACCUGCGCUAUUCGUCGUUGCAGGAAUUCUCUCCAUUUUCAAUGUCAUUGCACACAAUCCUCAGUGACAUGUGCCAGCUAUUUACAAAAGUACUCUUCAGGAAAAACAAUGGCCAAGUCAGCAACAAGAUUGGAUAACAUACGGACUCUCAGUUUGCACAUCUUGCGUUUUAGAUCACUCAUCACCAACUCUGCAAAUAACACUAGCAAGAAUAUCAUCUUUGAUAAAAACUAUAUUGUUUUUCAAGUUAAAGUACUUUUACGCUGCGUAUCAUUCUACUUUUUGUCCAGAUUGGCAUGGUCAAAUACUAUUCAUUUAGUAUUGAGGACAAUUUGUACAUUACCAUGGUGUGGCAGUACCUUGCCUUUUGCUUGUUUGUCCAACUCUAGCUCUAUAAACAAACCCAUUCCUCUUCAGUUAAACGUAUCUUUUCCAUCAUUCCAAGAACUUAAAUGGAGUAUUGCUCGACUUUAUUAUUUAUUCAACAUCCAGCUUGAACGAAAUAUUGGCAUGUUUUUUGUGGUAUUACUUGUGGCAUGUUUCUCAUUCGUUAUGAUUGGAGGCAUCCUAUUCUACAAAUUCAGGAACAAGGAUCAGUCUUUGGAAGAUUGUUUUUGGGAAGCUUGGGCAUGCCUUUGUACAUCUUCUACUCAUUUAAGAGCUGUUAUGUUGUUUGGCAGCAAAAAACUCGUGUUGAACGUAUUCUUGGUCUUGUCCUUGCUAUCUGGGGAAUAUUAUUCUAUUCCCGAUUAUUAAGUACAAUGACUGAACAGUUUCGAAACAACAUGCAAAAGAUUAGAGAAGGAGCACAGUUGCAAGUUAUGGAAAAGGAUCAUAUUAUUAUCUGUGGAGUAAACAGUCAUCUGACUUUUAUACUAAAGCAGCUUAAUAAAUUUCAUGAGUCUGCCAUUCGCUUAGGUACAGCCACAGUGAGGAAGCAAAGAAUUCUUCUGUUGUCUGACCUUCCAAGGAAGCAGAUAGAAAAACUCGGUGAUAGCAUCACCAAAGAUUUGGACCAUAUUGAUCUCCUGACUAAAAGUUGCAGUCUAAGCUUGACAAAAUCUUUUGAAAGAGCAGCAGUAGACAAGGCACGUUCCAUAAUUAUUUUGCCAACGAAGAAUGAUCGGUAUGAAGUUGACACAGAUGCAUUUCUCUCAUUGAUAGCUCUUCAGCCUCUUCCCAAUGUGGCAUCUGUCCCUACCAUAGUGGAGGCUUCCAGCUCUACUACAUCUGAACUUCUUAAGUCAAUCACAGGCCUGAAUGUGCAGCCAGUUGAGAUGGUUGCUUCCAAAUUAUUUGUUCAGUGUUCUCGGCAAAAGGGUCUCCUCAAAGUUUACAGACACUUGCUUAAUUAUCGAAAAAAUGUGUUCAACCUUUGUAGCUUUUCAUGUCUAAUAGACUCCAAGUACAAGUAUGCAAGACAAGCCAUCCAGGAGGCAGUGGUGUGUGGCCUCUUUAGAUCUGGAAAAAUAUAUUUUCACCCAAAUGAUGAUGAAGUGAUUACACAAACAGACAAACUGCUUCUUAUAGCUCCUGUUUAUGGGAAAAAAAUGCCACAAAUGUUGCUCCCGGAUGCAUCAAAUUUGCAGCAUACUUCAAAUUAUCAAAAUCUAGAAUGCUCAGAAACUGAAGUUUGCUUUGACACCAAGAUUAGGAAAUCAAGGCUCGAAAAUAUAGUAAAACGCCCUUCAAAAUCAAGUUCCAAGACUAGUGAUUGGCAUCUUGGACCACGAGAGUGCAUAUUCAUGAUUGGAUGGCGACCAAGAGUUGCUGAUAUGAUUCGAGAAUAUGAUUAUUACCUUGGACCUGGUAGUACAUUGGAAAUAUUGUCAGAAGCUUCCAUCAGUGAUAGGAACAGUAUAGUGAACCCUGUGCUCCAAAGCCAAUUAAAGAAUGUCAAAGUUUCUCACAGGAUGGGCAAUCCCAUGUAUUAUGAAACACUGAAGGAAGCUAUAUUAAAUAUUAGGAAUUCUUCGUUGAAGGGGGAUGAUGUCCCUCUAUCAAUUGUUGUGAUAUCUGACAAAGAAUGGCUUGCUGGAGAUCCAUCCCAAGCAGAUAAACAAACAACUUAUUCCCUUCUUCUUGCUGAAAUUAUUUGCAAAAAACAUGGGAUAAAGGUGGAAAACCUAGUUGCUGAAAUUGUUGAUACAAGACUUGGGAAACAAAUUUCAAGAAUAAGACCAUCCCUUUCAUUUAUUGGUGCUGAGGAAGUGAUGAGCCUUGUAACUGCUCAAGUGGCAGAAAGCGCUGAGCUGAAUGAGGUUUGGAAAGACAUCCUUAAUGCUGAAGGAGAUGAGAUAUAUCUGAAGGAUAUAAGCUUCUACAUGAAGGAAGGUGAGACGCCAUCUUUCUUGGAGCUAUCUGAAAGAGCAAUCCUACGCCGAGAAGUUGCAAUAGGUUAUGUGAAAGGAAACAAGCAGGUUAUAAAUCCAAGAAACAAGACGGAACCUCUUUUCCUGGAGAAGACAGAUUUGCUUAUUGUAAUCUCCGAGCUUGAAGGCGAACAACCGCUCAUUGUGUAAAACGUUUCUUUUUCUUUGGAGUAUAUAUUAUAUGGCAGUGAAGUUGGAAGAUCUUCUGUUCAUGGUCGUAGUGGUGGGUUGUUAUGUGCAAGGAUGAUCGUCCACCUUUUGUGGCAAUCAAAAGUAUCAAUAUCGAAAGACAAAUCUGUGCUCUGAAAUCCUAGAGCAUUCUGGUUAUGCAGCA